AUGCCAGACUUCAGAGGGCUUGGAACAGUUUUAAAAAGGUGCGGACUAAGCGGGAUAGUGAAUAUGGUAUACGGACCACCAGCACAGCUAGAAAUGAGGAAUACUCGGGCGAUGGAAGUUCUCAAGGGAAUGAUGAAGCAGGAGGAAAACAGGAAGAUAGAGGGCGCAAUGCGGGCCGAGUGGGAGUUCCUCCGGGCGAGGGCGAGAUACUUGAAAACGGGAAAGCUGAAAAAGUCCCUUCUAAAAAGAGCUGUUUACAACGUGAGAAAAGACUCCGCUGAUCCUGCAUUCACGAAGUUUAUGGAGCUGCGGGCAGAGGCCUUCGUGGAAUACGCGAGCAAAAAGACGGAUAAGGAAACCGUUGAAAAAAUGAACGAGAUCGUCGAGAAAAUCCCAGAGAAGGCCCUGCGCAACAUUUUCCGCGUGAAAUCCACGUCCCAGGCGGAGAUACUGCACUCCUUCGAGGGAGUCCAGCUCGUCUUCAGGAGCGAGAAAGUCCUCGCAGAAUUCGCACAGGGAAACUACAGGGAAGUAAUUCGGCAGCUGAAAAGUGCCGAGGACUUUGACUCCCAGGUGAUCUGCGCCCUCUCAAAGGUCGAGAAGUUCCAGGCAGGGAUGCUUUUGCUCGAGGGGAGGAAUACGAAAGCCUCUAGAAGGACGCUGGAGAGGUAUAUGACCCAGUGGAACGCUCUAUACGCACAGACAGUGGACCUUUUUGCAACUAACUUUAUGGAUGAGGAGUACCUCCAUAAAAUCAACAGAAAAGUCGCAUUUAACCCCCUCCAGAACUCGAUACUUUUCCACCCGGUUACGUACGAUAUAUCCUCCAUGUACAUCCGCAUGCCCCAGGAGAAGCCCCCCUCCCCCGCAGGAAUAUCUGGAAUGCUCAGCAGAAUGAGCCUUUUUGGCAGGAAGUAG